UUGUUCAAAGGCAUUUUCUGCUCGUUCAGACUUAAAGAGACACAUCAUAGCGCAUACUGGCGUAAAGCCACAUGCGUGCGAACAUUGUUCCAGAGCAUUCACUCGAUUUUCUAAUCUAAUGGCACAUAUGCGAGUGCAUACUGGAGAAAAACCCCACCCGUGUGAGUAUUGUUCAAAGGCGUUUUCUACCCGUUCAGAUUUGAAGAGGCAUAUGAGGGGUCAUACUGGUGAAAAGCCAUAUUCGUGCGACUAUUGUUCUAUGGCAUUCACUCAAUCUUCCACUUUAGUGGCGCACACGAGGGUUCAUACCGGCGAAAAGCCCUUCUCGUGCGACUAUUGUUCCAUGGCAUUCACUCAAUCUUCAACUCUAGUGGCACAUGUGAGGAGAGCUCAUACUGACGAAAAGUCCGAUUUGGUUGAUGAUUGUUUGAAAGCUACUGAUGCAGAAUUAGACUUAAAGAAGUGUAUGCAAGUAGAUACUGGCGAAAAAGUCUAUUUGUGUGAUUAUUGUUCUAUGGCAUUCACUCAAUCUUCAACUCUAAUGGCACAUGUGACGAGAGCUCAUACUGGUGAUAUGUCUGAUUUGGUUGAUGAUUGUUCGAAAGCUACUUCUGCAGAAUUAGACUUAAAGGAGGGUGUGCGAGUAGAUGCUGGCGAAAAGCCCUUCUCGUGCGACUAUUGUUCUAUGGCAUUCACUCAAUCUUCAACUCUAAUGGCGCAUGUGAGGAGAGCUCAUACUGGUGAAAAGUCCAAUUUGGUUGAUGAUUGUUUGAAAGCUACUUCUGAAGAAUUAGACUUAGAGAAGUGUAUGCGAGUAGAUGCUGGCGAAAAAGUCUAUUUGUGUGACUAUUGUUCUACGGCAUUCACUCAAUCUUCAACUUUAAUGGCACAUAUAAGGAAAGCUCAUACUGGUCAAAUGUCCCAUUUGGUUGAUGAUUCUUCAAAAGCUACUUCUGCAGGAUUAGACUUAAAGAACUGUAUUCAAGUAGGUACUGACGAAAAAGUCUAUGUGUGUGACUAUUGUUCUACGGCAUUCUCUCAAUCUUCAACUCUAAUGGCACAUAUGAGGAAAGCUCAUACUGGUGAAAAAUCCCAUUUGGUUGAUGAUUCUUCAAAAGCUACUUCUGCAGGAUUAGACUUAAAGAACUGUAUGCGAGUAGACACUGGCGAAAAACGCUAUGCCUGUGACUCUUGCUCUAUGGCAUUCAAUCAUCCUUCAGGUUUGAUAGCACAUAUGAGGGUUCAUGGUGGUGAAAAACAGUAUUCAUGUGAAUAUUGUUCAAGUUCCUUUUCUGCAGCUUCAGACUUAAAGAGACAUAAAAGAACUCAUACUGGCGGAAAACUAUAUUCCUGCAAACACUGCUCUAAGUCUUUUACUCGGUCUUCAAACUUAAUGGUGCACAUGAGCCUCCAUGGUGAAAUGUCUCAUGCCUGUGGAUAUUGUUCAAAAACAUUUGUCAAUGCUUUAAACUUAAAAAUGCAUUUGAAGAGCCAUACUGGUGAAAAGACUUAG